AUGUCCUUAAACGAUUUCAGUAUCGGAAGCAGUAGCCGUGGCUAUGGCCAAUUUGACAAGUUUGGUCAACCUCAAAGGCAGAGUUAUGGCGGAGGUCAGCCUCGAACACACCAACAUGGCUCAGGUGGGAGUACCAUAAAGCUCCCUCCUGUAAGCCUGACCGAUACUCCAUCACCAUAUCCGACGAAUGACAACCCUCUACCACCAUUCAGCUCCUUCCAGAUAACAGCUGCUCAACCAUCGUAUCAUUCAGCGCGGGCCUCUAGCACUACGAGCUUAAGAUCGCCAGGUAGUUCCAACGUUCCUGCCACUCACUCGCAUUCUGUUACGACUAUUCAAUCACAGCACUAUCCAAUUUCCGAACCAAGAGUUCGUGAGGCUUCUUACCCUUUGAAUGAUACACAACGCUUCCAAGAAUCUGGCAGUCGAAAUUACCGACUCCUAGCUCCAAGUCAACGAUCCACUAUGAAGCAUAGAGGCAAGGAGAGCACAGAUUCCAUGCAGCACUUUCCGGCUGGUGUUCCGACUUCAAUGCAGAGCUCACCUCCUUCUCCGGGUAGGUUAGAAAGAGAUAUAGGUACCUCAUCGUCUAGAGAGGCGACAAAAGAGCAGUCUCGGAGAAGACAUAAGGCGAACAAAGGAUUGAUACCUCGCAGAUCUAGUCGAAUCGCGUCGAUGUUGCCCCAACAGUCAUUGCAAGGAUAUUCCAAAUCCAACAGUCAUUCGACAGAAGCGAUAGCAGCGGAAUCUGGCAUGGAGUGUCGCCAACCGGGAUGUGAGGAGCAAAUAAAUACGAAUGCCACCUUUGGGGCAUGUCGAUUACAUCAUGAUCAAUUAUCAACAUGGGAUUUCUUGUAUUGCGAAGCAGAGAAACGAAAUUUUCAUCACCCAGCGGCCCACUUCCCAAAUGGGCAAUGUAUAAACAAGAAAGAUAAUCCUGAUAGUCGCUGGUGUGAUUAUCACUCAAAAACGAAUUAUCAUUCGAGACCCGUGUUCCUCAAAUCACUGGAUGGCAAAGCUGGGAAGUGGUUUGUGGGUCGUAACGAGGGCAUUGCUGAUCUACCUCCUGGGUAUGGUACAUCGAUGGCGCAAAGUUCUUUCGAUCAUCGCUCGUCACUGGAUUCCGAUUCCUAA